GGAGCACAUGCAUGAAAGAUUACGUACACGAAUGCAGUUGAUACAGUGGAUGUUAGGCAUAAGAAGCACUAUAAAUAGAGGGUGCAAUCCCCAUUGCCCUACACAACUACACAAGUCGACUAUCAUUACAAGGAAAUUUAAGCGACCACGAAGAGUAUGACGCUGGUGAAGAUUGGUCCGUGGGGCGGAAAUGGAGGGUCAGCUCAGGACAUCAGUGUGCCACCCAAGAAGCUGUUAGGCGUGACAAUCUACAGCUCAGAUGCAAUCAGAUCCAUUGCCUUCAACUACAUCGGUGUGGAUGGACAGGAAUAUGCCAUUGGUCCAUGGGGUGGGGGCGAAGGCACCUCUACAGAGAUUAAACUGGGCUCCUCUGAGCAGAUCAAGGAGAUUUCUGGAACCCAUGGCCCAGUCUAUGAUCUGGCUGACAUUGUCACCUAUCUUAAGAUUGUGACAAGUGCUAAUAAUACAUACGAGGCUGGAGUCCCAAAUGGAAAGGAAUUCAGCAUUCCACUGCAAGACUCUGGCCAUGUCGUUGGAUUCUUUGGAAGGUCUGGAACGCUUAUCGACGCAAUUGGCAUCUACGUCCACCCUUGAUUCCCAGUGGUCAAAGAAUUACUACCUACUACCAUAUCUACGAAAUAAUGUUCCAUGGUGUUGUUGUACUUCAUGCAAUCCCCCCAUUGUCUGUGUACGUGUUGCACCGAUCCGUAGUACAAUAAAGUUGGCGAUAUAUAUGUUGUCCCAGUCGACUUUUUAAUAUUUAUUACUACAAUAAGUUGGGGUCAUUUGUACAUGUUCAGCA